UUUCUCCCCCAGAGCCAAGGUUGCUGUCAGUUCUCUCAGGACACACCUGCUGUGCUUCCCCCCCGUGCCGAGCGGGAUCCAAGGCUCCAGGCCCUUCUCUCUGAGCGCGGCUGCCAGAGCCAUUUUGGGCCGGGGCAGGUGGGGAGGUGACGAGGGGAAGGAGAAACUCACCUUGAAGGACGUGGCCGAGCUCCUCCGGAAGAAGGAAUGUCGCCGUGUGGUGGUGAUGGCCGGAGCCGGGAUCAGCACACCCAGCGGCAUCCCGGACUUCAGGUCCCCCGGGAGCGGCCUGUACAGCAACCUGCAGCAGUACGACAUCCCGUACCCCGAGGCCAUCUUCGAGCUGGGCUAUUUCUUUGUCAACCCCAAGCCCUUCUUCACCCUGGCCAAGGAGCUCUACCCCGGCAACUACCGCCCCAAUUCCGCCCACUACUUCCUGCGGCUGCUGCACGACAAGGGGCUGCUCCUGCGCCUCUACACCCAGAACAUCGACGGGCUGGAGAGACUGGCUGGGAUCCCUCCCGACAAGCUGGUGGAAGCCCACGGCACCUUCGCCACUGCCACCUGUACGGUGUGUAAGAGGAACUUCCCCGGGGAGGACUUCAGGGGGGAUGUCAUGGGGGACAGGGUCCCUCGCUGCCCCGUGUGCACCGGAGUUGUCAAGCCUGACAUCGUGUUCUUCGGCGAGGAGCUCCCGCAGCGCUUCCUCCUGCACCUGGCAGACUUCCCCCUGGCAGACCUGCUCUUCGUCAUCGGGACGUCCCUGGAGGUGGAGCCCUUUGCCAGCCUGGCCGGAGCCGUGCGCAGCUCCGUGCCCCGGGUCCUCAUCAACCGGGAGCUCGUGGGCCCCUUCGCGUGGCAGCAGCGCCACAACGACGUGGCCCAGCUCGGGGACGUGGUCGGGGGCGUCGAGAAGCUGGUGGAGCUGCUGGGCUGGAACGACGAGAUGCAAACGCUGAUCCAGAAGGAGAGAGAGAAGCUGGAUGCAAAGGACAAGUAGGACGGUGCUCCUGCCACCCCUCAGCACAUCACUUGAUGAUGUCCAGCCAUAAAUGUCACCAGCAAGUGGCAGGGCGCUCGUGCCAGCACGUUCAGCGAGCUCCGUGUCUGCAGUUGGCCGUUUGGAUCUGCCUCCUUCCCAGCUGUCCAUCCCGGAGCCCCUUGCUGGGGCUGGUUCUAGGGAGCAGGAGCUGGGAAUGCCAGGAGUCUGGAGCAAGUUUUCCAGCUCCCACUGGACUGAGCAUCCGAGGUCUCUCCUCCCCAGCCACUGUUCCCUUGGCCACAAUCCCGAGCUGCUGCAGACCGUGUUUGUUCUUCCAUGAAAUCUCUGCUAAUCAGGGUACAGUCUGGGGGCGGGGGGGCUGCCCCCCAUUCCCAUUCCAGCUCAAGCUGCUGCGGGAUUUCUGAAUCAGUAGAGUGUUAAUUAUUUAAUAAUAAAGAGAUAUAAUUCA